AUGCGUUAUCUGGGAUAUCUGUGUAAUCUUAUAGAAAAUGUACUCUGUGACAAGGGCCCCGUGGACACUCGAGGGCAGACGCUGGACGGCGGCGACCGCGUCGAGGGCACGCUGCUCGACGUCGACCACAUCGCCGACUUCCACGACGAGGCCGUCAGGGCGCUCUACGGUGACCAGAGCGACGACCUGAGCGCCCCCAGCCGCGACGCCCUCGCCAAGCUGGCGGGGCUGACGGGCGAGGGGCGGUGCGAGGCCGCCUAUGCCCGCUGCCCUGGGCGCCUCUCACCUAAGAUGGCCCUGGGCGUCAUCUUCAAGGAGCUGGGCGUAUCUCCUGGCCACAACCAUGACCACUGGUCCGGCGCAGUAAACAACGUCACCAACAGCAUCGAGAUGUAAACAGAGCGAUAGAGGCAGGGACGAGCGAAGCGCCACCUAGCCCAAGAGCAGCAGCAGUAUUGUAGAUGAGGUAGAAAGUGAAAAAAAGGAAAUCAUCAGAAAACUAGCGUUAUUUAUUCUAUUUAUUCAUUUUCAUUUACAGUAGUUCGUAAAUUAUUAUAUCU